GGCCGUCUCCACUAUGGUCGGCCUUAUAUGGAUUUAAUCUUAUUCUUAACCCUCUCUCCCUUUCUUCUUCGCCUCUCCAUACUACUUGAUAUAUCGUCCUUGAAUACCAUACUGAUUUUAUAUCAAACAUCACCAGAAAAUGAAGCUCUUCUCGACCUCGGCCGCCUACCUGGCCAUCCCGAUGGCCCUGCUUGUCUCGGCCCAGAGGAGUACUGAGAGCCUAGUCGCCUGCUACGGCGACAGUGGUACCUUUGAAGAAGAGGGUUCAUACCCAUACCAAAGCCCGGGAUAUUGCGCCAACCUCUGCAGAAAGACGGACGCACAGUAUAUGGCCCUGCAUGCUGGUAACCAAUGCUGGUGCGGUACUUCCCUCCCGGACAAGAAGUCCCUCGUGGCAGACGACAAAUGCAACACCAAGUGUUCCGGAUGGCCCGAUACAACUUGUGGUUCUGAUGAUGCGUGGUCUGUUUGGCAACUUAGCCCCUCUUCGAAGGAGGUGACUGAGACUGCCUCGACUUCGACAUCGGCCGCUAUCUCUCACAGUGGUAACGCUACCGUUACCUCGACCUCGUCCAGCCUUGCAAGCGCUACCCCCGGAUCGAACAGCACUGCGUCUGCCACUAAGUCGGGAAAUGCAUCCCAGAGUGCCUCUUCGGCGGGCGCUACUCCCACGACUUCUACCUCGGCUGCGACUCGUCGGUUCAAACUUCCUUUUUUCCUGUAAUAUAGGAGCACUGGACUAUUUUUGACGAGGUUCUUUGCUUGGGGUAUUUAUUUCAACGGUGGCUGAUCUGCCUGGAGCUGCUCAGCCUUGAAUCAGCUGUAAAACUAGUAUACCACUC